UCGUGCGACUCGAUAAAUUUAUAAAAAUGAUUGGGAAAGGUCCUGUCUUUCGUCCACGCAUCGGAACACAUCAUCCACAAAGGAAGAGUGCUGACGUGGUGGGGGUCUUCAUCGCGACACCAGACACUAACAACAAACUUUUCAGGAUGACUCUGGAAUGGGGCUACAGCCAAAACAACGGUCCAGAUUCUUGGGGAAAAUGUUAUCCAGACGCCUGCGGCAAAAACCAAAGUCCCGUGGACAUUGAACCGGUUAAAGUUAAAGUGGUGAAUUCACACAAGAGAUUAACGUGGAGAUAUAUCGCAGAAAAUACUGAAUCCAUCACCAAUCCCGGUUAUUGUUGGAAGGUCCACGUGAACGGAAAAGGAUCAGAAUUGACUGGUGGUCCUCUAGAAGGUCAUUACGUCUUGGAACAAUUCCACUGUCACUGGGGAGAUUCAGACGACAGAGGCUCAGAGCACACCAUCAAUGGACAACAGUAUGCCGGAGAAUUACAUUUGGUCCACUGGAACUCCACAAAGUAUCACUCUUUCGAAGAGGCUGCUAAGCACCCAGAUGGCCUGUGUGUUCUCGGAGUAUUUCUGAAGCCCGGUCAUAAAAACCACGAACUGGACAAGAUCGUGGCACAAUUGUCCCACAUAGAGUACAAGGACGAAGCAGCUAGAAUCUUAGUGCCCCUAGACCCCGGUCACUUUCUUCCUGAGGACAGCGGUUACUACACGUACCAAGGCUCCCUGACAACACCCCCAUGUUCGGAAUGCGUCAUCUGGAUCAUUUUUAAGGAACCCCUCGAAGUCUCCCACGAUCAAUUGGCAGCGUUUAGGAACUUGAAGAGCUACUGCAAAGAACAACAAUGUCCUUGUGACGACUUCAAAGGUUUUGUGAAAAACAACUUCCGCCCCACGUUCCCAUUGGGCCAAAGAGAAAUCAAAGAGUGCAGGCAAUAAGUGUAGAGAGAUUUGUUUAAUUGAAUCACAUGGCGAUAUUACUAAACCUUAGUUCGUAAUUAGUAGGUUUUGUAACUACACCUUUUGAGAUUUUUUUUUUGACUUGCCAUAGUGAAAAAUUCGUACCUACGCCUAUUAUAAAAAUUUUACGUAGUACCACCUUUUCACUGAGGCAUUUAUUGUUUGUUUUCUGUACAAUUUAAAUAUUAGUGAGAUUUAUAACCAGGAUGUGAUUAGAAUUAAUGUAAACCAUUUUUUAGUUGUUAUAUAGUUCCUAUAGUUUAUAUUUGAAAUGUGUCCACACAAAGUGUGCCUUACUUCUGAUUGUCAAAUAUUUUUGCCAACUAUAAAAGAUAUUGUGCUAAAGGGUAAAUAAAUAGAUUAUACAGUUAAAA